UUCGGAGCGCAGCGGUCUCGGUGACGUCUCGCGUCGCGGUGCUGGCGCUGCUGGCCGCGAACUCUGCCGCGCCGGUGACCUCCGCAGGGACCUCAGGGAUGGCAUACGCGGCGUUCCCCGCCCCCAGUAGCCUGCUGCAGGUGCAGGCGGUGUGCCGGCAUGGAUCACGCGCGCCCACCACCUCCUACCCGACGGACCCACACGGCGACCUGCAGUGGCUGAACGGGCGCAGCAACCUGGUGCCGGCCGGCGUCAGCGAUCAGAUCGAGCUGGGCGCCUUCCUGUGGCGGCGCUACGGCGCUCUCCUGGCGGCUGACCCGUGCCGUGACCUGUGCGUGGUCGCCUCUGACCGCAACCGCACCCAGGAGUCGGCGCGCGCCCUCCUGCUGGGCCUGUUCGACGGCGUGCUCCCCGAGGACGGCGACUUCGUGCUGCGGCUCAUCUCGCAGGAGCGCUGCCCGCGCCUGCUGGUCGGCAUCGCCAAGGAGCUGCACGGCACGCCCGAGUACCGGCUGACGCACGCCGGCGUGCCGAACGCCACCGCCUUCGAGCUCGUGCAGGUGUUCGACGUGCUGCGCACGCAACGCGCGCUGGGCCUGCGGCUGCCCGACUGGGUGGAGAGGCCGCUGUCCGCUGGCGGCGUCACCAUCUACGCGGGCAUGGAGCGCGUCUUCCGGCUGGCGUUCGGCGCGCAGGGCGCGCCAGCGCUGCGCCGCCUCUCGGCCGGCGGCCUGCUGCGCACGCUGCUGAACAACGCGCUGCUGGUCAACGCGCGCGCCGAACGCCGAACGCCGCGUGUGGCCGUGUUCGCGGCGCACGACACCACGCUGGCGGCGCUGGAGGCGGCGCUCGGCCUGUACCGGCUGCCCUGGCUGCCCACCGCCGUCGACCAGGUUAAGGAGGCCUGCCGGCUCUAG